AUUCCUCCGCCCAGCUGUCAGUCAGUUGGAGGCAGGUGGAGGGACAAAGUGGAGAACUGCCUCUGAGUGGAUUCAGCAGCAGCAGCAGCAGCAGCAGCCCGGUAGCCUCUCUGGGUUUGUCCCUCUCCGGAGCACCGCCCUCCAGCGCCGGAGCCAGCUGCGCGGACAGACUGCUGCCUGUCACACUGACUGAGGACUCGCUUCACGCCGCAGUUUGGCCGAACACACACACACACACACACACACACACACACACUGGAAGGAAGAAGUUCACACCGAGAUAUGAGACUGGGCAUGACGGUGCGAGCCAAGCCGAGGGUGUAGCCACAUCUGGCAGAGAGCGCCGGAGCGAGCAGGAGCCUCAGACUGUCUGCUGCAGCGGGGGAAGAUGGGAGAGACAGAGGAGGACAAUGUGGGGAAGCUGUUUGAGAGCUUUUUCCAGGCCUCGACCUGCAAAGGAGCGCUUCAGGCCUUCAACGUCCUCUGCAGGCGUCUGGACCUGGACCCUGCGGAGCACAGCACCUUCUACAGCGGCCUGAAGGCCAAGGUCACCUCCUGGAAGGCCAAAGCGCUGUGGAGCAAGCUGGACAAGAGGAUGUCGCAUAAGGAGUACAAGAAAGGCCAAGCCUGUGUGGGCACCAAGUGCCUCAUCAUCGGAGGAGGUCCCUGCGGCUUGCGGACCGCCAUUGAACUCGCCCUGAUGGGUGCCAAAGUGGUGGUGAUUGAGAAGAGGGACUCGUUUGCCAGGAACAACGUGCUCCAUCUUUGGCCCUACACCAUUCACGACCUGCGGGGCCUUGGGGCCAAAAAGUUUUACGGAAAAUUCUGCGCCGGAACCAUAGACCACAUCAGCAUCCAGCAGCUGCAGCUCAUCCUGCUGAAGGUCGCCCUGAUCGUUGCAGUCGAGUUUCACAUCAACGUGGAGUUCGUCAAGCUGCUGGAACCUCCAGAGGAUCAGGAAAAUGAAGGAGUUGGGUGGAGGGCUGCAAUCCGACCUGCCGAUCACCCCGUGGCUAACUUUGAGUUUGACGUGGUGGUGGGGGCCGACGGACGCCGGAAUACUCUGGAAGGUUUCAAAAGGAAGGAAUUCAGGGGCAAACUGGCGAUCGCCAUCACCGCCAACUUCAUCAACAGGAACACUACUGCAGAGGCCAAAGUGGAGGAGAUCAGCGGCGUGGCCUUCAUCUUCAACCAGAAGUUCUUUCUGGACCUCAAAGAGGAGACAGGUAUCGACCUGGAGAACAUCGUGUACUACAAGGACAACACACAUUACUUUGUCAUGACCGCCAAGAAACAAAGCCUGCUGGACAAGGGAGUCGUCAUUAAUGAUUACAUCGACACCCAGAUGCUGCUGUGCAGCGAAAAUGUCAACCAGGAAGCUCUCCUGUGCUACGCCCGAGAGGCUGCUGACUUUGGCACCAACUACCAGCUUCCCACGCUGGAUUUUGCCAUGAACCACCUCGGGCAGCCAGAUGUAGCCAUGUUCGACUUCACAAACAUGUACGCCUCUGAGAACGCCGCUCUGGUCAGGGAGAGAUUUGGACACCAGCUCCUGGUGGCGCUGGUCGGCGACAGUCUGCUGGAGCCCUUCUGGCCGAUGGGAACGGGUUGUGCCAGAGGCUUCCUGGCGGCCUUCGACACCGCCUGGAUGGUGAAGAGCUGGGCUCAGGGUCGCACGGUUCUGGAAGUGCUGGCAGAGAGGGAGAGUAUUUACCGACUCCUGCCACAAACAACCCCUGAAAACAUCGCCAAAAACUUUGAUCAGUACACGAUUGACCCGGGGACCCGAUACCCAAACCUCAACUCCUCCUGCGUCCGGCCCCACCAGGUGCGUCACUUGUACAUCAGCGGGGAGCUUCAUACCUGCUCUCUGGAGCGCGCUGCUACCAUACGACGGCCCGUCAACCUCUCCAGGCGAGAGUCGGAGAUCCGGCCGGCGAGGCUUCUCACCUGGUGCCAGAAGCAGACGGAGGGCUACAGGAACGUCAGCGUCACCGACCUGACGUCUUCGUGGAAGAGCGGCAUCGCCCUCUGCGCCCUCAUCCACAGGUUCAAACCCCAGCUGAUAGAUUUCGACUCGCUAAACGAGGAGGAUCACGCUGCAAACCUCCAGCUGGCUUUUGACAUCAGCGAACGGGAGUUUGGGAUCCGACCGUUUGCGUCUGCGAAGGAGCUGAGCGGCGAUGAGGAGCCGGACAAAACCAAGAUGAACACCUACCUGUCCAAAUUCUACGAGCUCUUCCGUGGGACUCCUUUACCUGCAUCAGGUUCCAGAGGAGUGGAUGAAAACAAUGAAGAUUAUCCAUCUAAGGAAGUCAGGAGUAAUAAUAACGUGCUCAAUCUUGCACUGCCCAGGAAGCGGGUGCCAAAGGAUGAGAAGAAGUCAGACGGUACAGACUCCAUUUACAAAAGGAGGCGGAGGUUCUGUUAUCUGGAGGAGGCCACCAACCUGUCCAGUAACGGCUCUUCAGUACGAGACGAGCGCGAUCCCAAAGAAAACAAAGUGCGGUCGAUGGCGACUCAGCUGUUGGCCAAAUUUGAAAGUGCGCCCAACUACACCGUCCGCAAAACACAGUCCGACUGUGAGAAGCCGUCGCUGCUCCACACUGUCGACCCGACCGAGAGUCUGCCCGUUAAGUUCAGGCCUCCGGUUCCGCCCAAACCUCCGACUGUGACACAGUUUGAAGUGAGUAUCAGAAAAGCAGCGGAGCAGUUAGUCCGCCUGCCUCCAAAGACUCUGGCCAAAGCCCAGCUCCAGCCCCAGCAUCCGUUUUCUGUAGCGAACCUCAGACACGUUGAGCAAACGCUCGCUGAGACGAAGCCUCAGCCUGAAAGCGCAGAGCCCCCCGCCUCGCCUCCCUCCUGCCACUCUGCAAUCCAUUUCAUGUCAAGAAUCCUCCAUCGCCUCAGGGAGGUGGACGAGCACGUCUCUGAGAGAAAAGCUCAGACACAACAGGUUAGAGAGUUUCACGCAAAGAGUAUAAAGGAAAAAGCCGUUCACCUUAGUGGCUUGUUCUCAGCAGACGCCUCUGCUGUACUCAAGGGCGGCUCAGCUCGAAGGCUGUUUCCUCAGUCGGGUGAUAAGUGUCACUCGUGUGAGAAGCGGGUCUAUAUGGUGGAGAGGGUCUGCGCUGAGGGGCUCUACUUCCACAGGGAGUGUUUCCGCUGCUCCACCUGCAGCUGUGCACUGCGACAGGGAGCCCAGGCCUUCCACUCCGAAGAGGGGAAACUUUACUGCAAGCUUCACUUUGAUCAACGCAACAGUGGGACGAACCUGCGGAGGAAUCUGUCUUUCCGCUCGAAUCGUUCUGCAGUUCAGGAUCGAUGUGCCGCUGAUGAGGAGAGCUCCCCGUCCGGCUCCCCGACAGACCUGCAGAGUGAACCUGCUGCAGGUACCUUCAGCUCGUUCAUGAGGAAAAAGCUGAGCGGGCCUCUGAGUGUGACGCGUGCUGUGGUUAACGCUCCCUGGUAUCUUUCCCGCCGUGUGCGCACCGCGGCGCAGGCCUUCGUCGGCCACCUGAGGGACAACGCCCAGGACUACGCGUCUCUGUAUGAGCUACUGAGCAUGAGCUUGCCCCUGCUGUUUGUUUUGCAAGAGGUACUGCAGCAGAUGUACACGGAGGCCGACGAGCCGAGCUCUUUCCGGCCUCUGCUGCUCUGGCUGCAGGAGCACAUCGGACACAGGCUCAUCUAGACGCUCAGCCGUUCAUGUUUAACCCUUGAAAAUGACUCCGAGUGGCAUUAAAUCCUUGGCUAAGGUGCACAUUAGCUGGAGUGUUUUCGUCAUUUUACCGUUUGUAAACGUGCACAAGCACCUUCCUAACGUUUACUCACCUUUUAUGGAUGACACUGUAGGUAGACCUGCUAGCGACGUUCUCGUGCGUCGGCCAAAGAAGAGACACUGUAAGCUGCUGGUGCAGCUUUGUGCAGUUUGCUUGUCCGCCAAAUAUUAGCGCAGCCGGUUUUACGUGGAAAAUACAAGACUUGUAGCGCUAUAAUGAAUUAAAUAAACUGGUUAGAAGUAAUUAGAAUGCAAAUAACUAAAACCGUCAGUGCAUUAUAGACUUUAGAAUCAUCAUUGCUGUAGAACUUUAAAGUCCUUAUCUCGGGUUGUGACUGACGAACUUGAUGCACUUUAUCUUUGAGAGCUGCCUCGUCGACGUCACGUCGGACAAACGCCUGGUCCGACCGCCGGGCAGGUUUUCUAUGCAGAUUGUGCUCCUGCCUGUUUUUAUUCCUAAUAGGCAUAUCUACAACUUGUCUAUUACGUUUACUCUCUUGAGUUGUUUUUUAUUGAUUGUUUUUUUUGAAGCAUACCAACCAAAGACUCUCUGAUACUGUGGACUUGUGCUAAAUGCUGCCGAGUAUUUGGUUCUACUUUGCUGCCAUCUACUGUUGAAGGGAAGAAGAGACACCCCGACCCUUCAGGUUUAGUUUUCAUGCACCAAUAUGGACGAUUACGUGUUAGACAGUUGAAAUCUUCUAAUGUUUGCUGUAGACGGCCGGAGCGGUGAGCGUGCUGUGAAUGUGCUCGCCGCCCUCGCCGUUGGAUGAACCUCUCGAUUCUAAUGAUGCUCACGAAGCACUUUGGAGCGGCAGAGUUUUGGUUUUCUUUAAUUUAAACAAAAAAAAAAAAUCAUUUGAUGAGAAUGUUUACAGCAUUGUGUAAUCAGCUACCUAAUGUUUGAGCUAAACGUGGGUGUUUUACUGUUCUCACACUAACUGGACUUGUGCGACGUGUUAAAGUCGUGCAUCUGUGUCUCUUCUCUUCACCAUGAAUGUCAGUAUUUUUUUGUUUUGUUCUCAUAAACAUUUUCUACUUUUUGCUGUGCA